GUUUGACAGGCAGAGGAAGUCGGCCAAUCCAGCGAGAGCGGGAAGACGCCCGAGAGCCAAUGAGAUAACGGACCGGUGGAGUGGGUGGAACGACGAUCGGUGAGGGGAAGCUGAGGGGGAAAGCCGUGGAAUGGCGGACGGUUGGGACGGUUCGCUUCGGUGGUGAAGAGCUGAGUGGGAAGCGCGUCGGAGGAGGCGGCCGUAGGCGGAGCCCUGUUUGAAGCUGAUCCACCAUGCCAUUAGUAACAAGAAAUAUCGAGCCAAGGCACCUGUGCCGCCAGACAUUGCCCAGUGUUCGGAAUGAGCUGGAAUGUGCGACCAACAUCACCCUGGCAAAUGUCAUUCGACAGCUGGGCAGCUUGAGUAAAUUUGCAGAGGACAUAUUUGGAGAGCUGUUUACACAAGCAACCACAUUUACCUUUCGAGUCACCUCUUUAGUUGAGAGAGUUGAUCGCCUUCAGGUGAAAGUUACUCAGUUGGAUCCCAAGGAGGAAGAAGUGUCCUUACAAGGUAUUAACACCAGGAAAGCCUUCAAGAGUUCCACAGCUCAGGACCAAAAGCUCUUUGAGAGAGAAUCUGCCCCUCUGCCUGUCCUUGAAACAUACAGCACUUGCAAUAAACCACCACCUCUUAACAUUCUGUCCUCAUACAGGGAUGAUGGCAAAGAAGCACUUAAAUUCUACACAGAUCCAUCGUAUUUCUUUGAUCUUUGGAAGGAGAAAAUGCUGCAGGAUACCAAGGAUAUUAUGAAAGAGAGACGGAAGCAUAGGAAAGAAAAGAAGGAUAAUCCUAACAGAGGAAAUGUCAAUCCUCGGAAGAUAAAAAGCCGAAAAGAAGAAUGGGAAAAAAUGAAAAUGGGUCAAGAGUUUGUCGAUACAAGGGAAAAACAUGGACCGGGAGGGUACCCUCCUAACAUGGUGUAUCAGAAUGGUAGCAUUGGCUCCAAUGAGAGUGUUGAUGCUACCUACUAUCCACCUCCUCCACAGCCAGAAUCCGUUUCACCGUCACCUCCUCCAUUGUCAGAUGAUAGUCUUCCGCCGCCACCAGCAGAAUUUAGCUAUCCACCUAGCCAGAGUGUUUCUGGAGGGCUGAAGAAAUCCAUCCUCGUCAGCCCCAGCCAUCCUCCACCAGAUCCUCCUACUAGCUCACUCCCGGGAACCAGACCUGGUUUUGCUCCACCUCCUGCUCCACCACCUCCACCACCGAUGGAUGGAGUUCCUCCGCCCCCUCCACUUGUCGGCUUUCAAGCUGCUGGCAUUCCUCCUCCACCAUCUCCACCCUCCUUCCCACCUCACCCUGAUUUUGCUGCCCCUCCACCCCCUCCACCUCCAGCAGCAGAAUAUGCCAUUGUGCCAUCUCCCCUCCUACCACAGCCCAUAAGUGGGGUGCCACCCCCUCCCCCUCCCCCUCCUCCUCCUGGCCCACCUCCUUCAUCUUUUGGUGGCAUGGGUAUUCCAGAGGCUUCUAUUCAACAACCCGAUUUGGUGCCUUCCAAGCCAAAAUCCUCAUUGCCUGCUGUUAGUGAAGCUAGGAGUGACUUGCUUUCUGCUAUUCGUCAAGGAUUCCAGCUCCGUAAAGUUGAAGAAGAACGUGAACAAGAGAAGCGAGACGUUGUGGGCAAUGAUGUGGCAACCAUCCUCUCGCGCCGCAUUGCGGUAGAAUACAGCGAUUCAGAAGAUGAUUCCUCGGAGUUUGAUGAAGACGAGUGGUCUGAUUAAGCCCCGGCACGUCCCCAAAAUGGGGACGGAGGCAGAUAAGAUGGAGAGAAAAUGGCCGUUGCUUCCCAGAAUGCCAAACUUUUUUAUUUUUGCUUUCCUCUUUUCAUCCAAUAACCAAAGAUUGAUCUUCCAGGCUUCCAAAUAACUGAUUUCCCUCCCAGUUGAUGGGACUUGUACAUCCUUCCAAGAAAGAAGGAAAAUGAACCCUAGAUUUCCAGAUUCUCAGGUUACUAUGAAAUAUAUGUAUAUUGUUAAAGAUUUUCUUUGGUUUAGGACUAAAUUUGCAGCUCCUGGUACAACCAGGAAGUGUUGCUUAAGAUGACAGGCAACCAACUUGCAAGUAAUACUAAUUUCCUUUGCAACAGUUAUGUGAGGCACUGGAAACACUGUAGUAAGCUGGUGAUUCACCUUCUUUGUCCCUCAGAUAGGGUAUAAUUUUAAAUUUCUACUCCCACCAGCCCUAACAAUAGUUUCUUUAUGCUAAAUUUGGAAUGUAUUAAUUUAGGUUGGAGUUUUAAAAACUGUACCGUGUACACAACAGGAUCUUCUAAACAAUUUUAUCUCCCCCCCCCCCCUUCCCAAGCCUGUUAAACCAUAGAAUGAGCCAGGGAACAGGGAUCCUGUCUGCUUGACUGAUAGUACCACUUAAGUUUUUAUAAUGAAGGUGGGAUUUAGUAUAUGCAAAAUUAGGAAGAAUUUCCCUCCGUGUGCCUUGAAGACAAGAGCUUUAAGCACUGGAUGUGGUCUUGCUUUGCGAUCAAAAGAUUUGCAGAUUCUCAGUUCCGUAGAAGGUCCUUCAUGAAUCAACUUAGCUGUAAGUGCUUAUUUUUUUUAAAAAAACCACAUUAUGCUAAAAGCAUAAUGAGAUGUGAUGAAAUUAAGCCAAUUACCCUUCUCUAGACACCACAUGGGAGUUUUCAUGGGCCAACUUGGCCAUAUGAAACAUAUGCCCAGUUUUCCUUAUUAUUUUGCUUUAAUCCUUCAAUAAUUACCACGGAGUCAUUUCAGCAUUGUUGGAACCUAUAGAGCAGUGAUGGCUAACCUUUUCUGGACCAAGUGCCCAAAGCGUGCGCCCGUGGCCAAACCCCCAAAAUGCAAUGCGGGCGCGGUGCCCCUGCAUGUGCCCCCCUGUGCAUGCGCACCCCCCUGCAUGUGCCCCCCCAACACGUGAGCGCGGCCCCCCGCAUACACCCCGCGCAUGUGCAGCAGAGACCCGGUGUCCAGCUGGCCAGCGGGAGGCACACGCACAUUCGCGGCAGAGCUGAACUGAGGCAACGGCUUGCGUGCUCACAGAAAGGGUGCUGUGUGCCACCUGUGGCACGUACGCCAUAGGUUCACCAUCACAGCUAUAGAGCCUCAACUUCAGUUACAAAAGUGGUUUACUGACAAAUUGAGGUUCUGCCCUACCAGCAUUAAAUAUACAUACUUCUUUCUAGCAAACUUUUUUUUUUUUCCAAAUAGCUUUUUGGGGGAUUUUCUUAGCCAAGAACUAAUAUACAGAAUGUCAAAGGGCAGGCCCCUAACUUUAUCCAGGCAUCCCACUUACUGGAAUGAUGCUAUCACUCUAAUCAGAGUGAUGGUUUGAAUAGGGAACUUGCCUACCUAUUUAUUGGUUUGAAAAUCUUUUGCCUUGCCAUAUACCCUGUGGUCUUUUUCUCACUAGGAUAUGCCUUGUAACAGCUUCUAUACCCCAAAGAGUGUUGUUUUCUUGCUUUUAUCCUUACAGACCUUUACUCCAUGUCCCUGUUUCAGUUUCAAACUUCUGGUCCCCUAGCUAUAUAACAGAGCUUUUCUUUAGCCAAAGGAAGGACCCAAUUUUCACAAGUACAGUAGGCAGAAAGCCUAAAGUAUUCUGAAGAAAUUCCUUCAGUUUGGUGGUUUCCUUUGUGGCACUGAACAGCUUUGAGCAUCCAAUUUGAGUGCGUAAAAGAUAGGCUGAUGGGUAGUUUGCUCAUGAAUUAUAAAACCUUUCAAAACACACUAUCGAUUUCAAGAAUGACCCUAAGGCUCAUUAGUAACCCAGAAUUAAUAUUCAAGUACUAAGAGCAGCGGCCAGCUUAGAAUGAAAUGACAGAACUUAGCCUGCUUUUUAAUUUGCCUGGUGUUUCAUACACGGCAAAACCUUUAACUUUGUGUGACUGUACGUACUAAAUCCCUAUGAAUGGCUUCCUCCUAACACAGUGUUUCUCAACCUUGGGAACUUUAAAAUGUGUGGACUUCAACUCCCAGAAUUUCCCAGCCAGCAUGGUUGGCUGGGGAAUUCUGGGAAUUGAAGUCCACACAUCUUAAAGUUCCCAAGGUUGAGAAAUACUUCCUAACAGAAGCCAGAGGAACAUAAAAAGGCUUUCAAGUGUGCAUUCAGAAUGAGAAUGGUUACCCAGACCCGGUGCCAAGAAAAUUAUAUGGCUGUGCCAAUGAAAUUAUAGAGAGCCUCUGUAGUUAGUAUAACUCUUUUUCCUAGCUAUCCCCAUAAAUGAUUUUUUUUCCAGAUUGACUAUCAAUUUAUAAUCAAUGUACUGCAUAAGGAUAAUGGGCAUUCUUAACAUAACAUUUAAACAGGUUUGACCUAAGGUUGACUUCUAAAAGUUUGAAAGUGGUGCUAAUUCUUUCAAUGUUCCUUGAGAGGUGCGUGUCCUGUACAGAGAGAGCGAUUUAUCUUGUCAGCUUUUCACAACCUGAUGCCUCUCGCUUACAGCUUUUAAAUUGCUUGUCUUGUGUUGACUGACACCUGAAAACACAGGAGUUGUACUCCAACAUAUCCACACAUUCUGAAGUUAGGGUUGAGUUCAGAUGCUGGUUAGUUAAAAAUUUGACUCCUCUCAGUUUAAAUCCCUCUUACUGCUUUUUUGCACUUUUAAGAGGUGAGACCCCCUGCUGGAGAAGAAUUAAGUUGUUACAUUGAACAUCAGUUCAAUAGAAUUGCCCUGAAAAAAAACAGAAAACCAGUCUUAACCCCUCACCUAGCCAAAUGGGCCACAGUUAUCAGCCAGGCCAGGGGUCUCCAACCUUGGCCACUUUAAGACUUGUGGACUUCAAUUUCCAGAAUGGCUGGCGGGGGAAUUCUGGGAGUUGAAGUCCGCAAGUCUUAAAGUGGCCAAGGUUGGAGACCCCUGAGCCAGGUCAUGGAAUCCUUAGGUGCUGGAUGGCGACUGCCUCUCCUACUGCUCCAGUUCAUCUUCCUGAACUAAAACGAAUGAAAUCGUCUUUGAGACAUUCAUGCUUGGUGUGAAGCAUCAAAGUAGAUUUGAUCCGUCUCCAAAAGAUGGCUUUAGUCUCGCUAUUCUGAUUUUAGAAUAGUUAAUCGAACUUAAUUGAAGACGUUAGAUAAUUGAACUUAAUUGAAGAUGCUGUACAGAUUUCAUUCUCUUGAGUUAGUUGGAAUACUUGAGCUUUUCUUAAAGCAUCUAAACAGCAGGAACAGCUGCUUGGUUCAAUAGAAGAAUAGGGUGGAGAAGAAAUUCCACUAGAACAAUAGUGCUACUGCUUGAUUUCUACCCACUAUUUACUUUCCUUUUUUUUUUUUCCUUUUGCAUCGCAUCUUCUGAGUAAACUAGUUUUUCAAAUUGCUUUCUUUAAAAAUAUAUAUAUAUAUUUUAAGUUCUAGAUUGUACCACCGGAUCCAAAACCUUUUUCUACAAUGCUGGGUCCAAAACGUUUCCUACAGCCUUUGAAGAUUGACUUCUUUCCUUCUCCACCAUAGUUGACCACAUUAUGAGGAAGGACCCUUCAAAAUCUCAAGAAGUCGCAAAGCUUUGUCACGCAGGCAAUCGGGCAGAGAGAGGCUUAAAAUAGGCCUCUUGGAUCACACAGUUGGGCAGAAGGGUGCUGUGUCCUUUUACCAGGCUGCUCAUGCUACAGAAACUCUGGGGCCUCCUCUGCUUGAUUUCCUUUAUAUGUCCUUUUUUUUAAACAGAGUUUUGAAGUGGGGAGGGAGAGUGUGCCUUUUUCUUUCCGUAUUGCACCUUUUAACAUGAUUCAUUUUAAUUGAUUUUUAAAACUAACAAUGUUUUAUUAUGUAGAAUAAGUUGACUUCUAUAAGUGCCUUAUUUCAUAAAAUAUAUUUAUGUAAGAGUAAUUAUUUCAAAUGUAUCAUAGGUCAUACCUGAACAAAAAUAUGGAAUGUUUGAAGAAGGUGUUCUUUUAACAAAAGUUCUCUAAAUGGUCAGUUUGUAAAAAAAAAAGAGAGAGAGAGAGAGAUCAAUAGAUAUACCUUAAUUAACUGCCGGAGGAAAUGGUUAUGAACGCAGUUGUUGGUUUUAUCAGUAGAGACCAAGAGCGUUUACAUGUUCCAGAAUAUCAGGCAACAGCCAGCAGUAUGAUUUUUCUAGGUGUUUUGUCAGUGUCUCCGUACACACUUGGUGAAAAUGAGCGAACAUUCCAUGAUAUGCUGAAAGUCUGCUUUGCCGUAAACUCAGCCGUUGUGUGAAUUGGCUUUUGGGUUGAAUUCAAAAGUCAUUAAACCUAAAGCAAUGUAGUGAUAUCAACCAUGUCCAUGCUAGAGGACAGUGGUCAUCAGGGUGGUACAGCCUGAUGAUCAGUACCAAAUUCUGUCUGGCAGGUCUUGGGUGAAUUGGGAGAAGCACAAUGGAGAUUGGAAUUGUUCUUUCUCUUCCGCACUCUCAUGCAGAGUUUGGCUCUCCGUGUUCAUUUUACUGUCCCUAGUUGCUGUUUUUAAUCCAAAUCUUUUAAAGCUACUUUUAUAAUCUCUCUAGUGUUGUCUACCUUUCCUCGGGGGGACUCCUUGUAAUGUAUAUGUGAUUAAAACAAAACUUUUUAUCAUAUAAACCUUAAAGAAAUGAGAAAUCCUUUCUAGCCAUUGUGUUAUGUUUAGGGUUGGAUGAAUCGGUCUCUUUCUCCAGCGCUUGGUUAUAAUCUCUUACUGCCAUUCACACAAAAUCAUUUUUUCUUGCCUACAUUUCCUGGUGUGUGUACAACUUACAAGUCUGAAUGCAUAUGUGUUUUUUGUACUCCCUCACCCUACUCAUUGUUAACACAGGUGAGAAUUUCACUGGAAAAAUCCAGUGCAGGGUGAUAGUUCCAGUGAAAAAUGUCCUCUUCUUUAGUAUCGCCUUGCAAAACGUGGUCCUGCUGCUAUUCCUAAUGUUCAUCUCCUUUUAAAGUCACUUUUUACCUGCUGGCCUAAAGAUCAGAAGUUACAAUAAUGGUACAGAGGAAUAUUUGUAGUAUUUGGCAGCUGUUUUGAUAUCCUUACAUUCCACUUCGGAUGUGUGUGGCUUAAUGGUUCUGCAUACCUCAGUCCACAAACCUGGUUUAAGAAAAGAUUUGGAAACAUUGAUAAGCUUUCCGGAUAGUCCAUUUGUAUGGCAGAGAUCCUUGAUUUUAGAAAAUCACAAAGGCAAGUGGAAGUGUGCAGGAUAAAUAGGGAUCUGGGCCUUUAGUGGGAUUAAAAAAAAGUUUUCCUUGAGAGGAUAUAAUGCUAAAUAUUCAUUUUGUUCUAAAUAUAUUGAAAGGAAUUACCCAAUAGCUUCCAGUUUUUCUCUCCUGACCCCACAGUUCAUCACAUUUUCACAACUUAACUGCAAAAAAUUUUGGGGACUCUACUAUAUGUGAAUCUGAUAGGAAUAGUUCAAAUAUUCUUGCACAUUGUCACAGGGAUAAAUCUAGAGCCUCGUUGAUUUCUUUUUCUGCCAGAAGAAAACAAAUACAUUUUUAGGUGAGUGAAGUUCAUUAGACCUGGAGAUAAAUGCAGCUUAAGAUGUAGGAACCCUAGAAGACUUCUUGAUGCCACAAAUAGAAGCUGAGCAUAUCCGGGAAAUUAUAACUUCAAGUACAAAGGUUUUCUGCCUCAGCCGCACAAGUAGCCCUCGUUUUAUAACCAUGACUGAGUCUGGCAAUUAAGGUGGUAAGUCGCGACAGUUGUAAAGUGGGUCAUUAUGUGAUCAACUCGAUUUUGUGACCUUUUCUGGUGGUUAAAGUGUCCUGCUUAAGCAAGUGUUGCAAUUCAGCGAAUGCCAUGAUAAUUAAUCUUUCUCUAUGGGCCACUUUCUGGCAAAACAUAAGUCACAAUCACAUAAUGCUGAAAAUGGCCAUAAUUGUGAGACAGUUGCUGAGUGCCCAAGGGAAGUGACAUGACUAUGUGGGAAUGGCCAUGGGAACUUUAGAACCAGCUGAUAAGUAACUUUGGAGGGUCUGUCAUAACUUCGAACGGUCAUUAAGCAACCGGUCUUAAGUUGAGUACUACCUGCAUUGGAAUUGUUUUCUGCAUGUUUGUUUCCAUUUAGAUUGAGAUUCUUCUUGUCCUUUCCCAAUGUUUUGUUCAAAAUCUUUCAAUCUGGUAUAAGCAUAAUGAGUGUGCAAUCCAAUCCAAUCCAAUCAUUCCCUUUUUCUAUUUUAUUUUUAUAUGAGUGUGAUAAGGACAUAAAACCUGAUUGAAAUGAAGCUAUGGCACAUCUAGCCUAAUAUUUGAUGUCUUGGCAUGAUCAGUCUUCUACGUCACCAUCAAAAACCUUUGUCACAUGAAGUAAUAAAUGAUGCAAUUCUAA